AUGGCAUCAGCAGCUGCAAGCACCAACCCUUCAACUAUCAAUAAUGAAUUUCUUCCGCGCAUAGACGUUUUCCAGUCGUUUGGCCAUUGGUUAACCGCAAACUCUUCUCGGUUACUUUCCCUGGAAUUUGAGCUAUUGUCCCGAAACAUUUCUUUCUUCCCAACUAAUCCUGAUGCCAACGACAACCGUGUUGCCACACUUAUUGACGUCCCGGUCAAUAAGAAAGGAGAUUACAUCCAUGAAUUAUUCAUCGAUAACGAUAAGUCCGUCGGUUAUGAUGAUCCAAAGGCAAAACAUAUCUUAAUUGUUCAUGGAUUUGGUGCUUCUCUCGGGUUUUUCUUCAAGAACUUUGAAGCAAUGUCAAAUAUGAAAAACGCUAAACUACAUUUCAUUGACUUGCUCGGGUUCGGAUCGUCGUCUAGACCGAAAUUCCCAAAAUUCAGUUCCAAAGAUUCAAAAGCUCAAGAUUUGAAAAAAGUAGAAAACUUCUUCAUUGAUGCAAUCGAGGCUUGGAGAAUUAACAGACACCUCGAUGGAGAAUUUGUCUUAAUUGGUCAUUCCUUGGGCGGCCUCAUCAGUUUCUUGUACAGCUUGAAAUACCCUGAGCAUUUAGCAAAGCUCAUUUUGGUCAGCCCCGUUGGAGUGGAAAGAAGCGAAACUUCUGCUAAAUUGAAUUUGGUAAAUAGUUAUAUAGAAUCACAAAUUCAAUCGGAGUUUCAAAUGGGAAAUCUCAAAAAUUCGGAAUUAUUAAAAAGUUCGGAUAUGACCAAGGAGAUUGCUGGAGAAGUCACAACGGUUUCCGAAGACUCCAUUAACACUGAUACUCAUCUAGAUUCGAAAAAUGAAGCCGUCAAUGACCUAUCCUCCGGAGAACAGCCAAAAGCCGGCCCUUCGAUACCAAAACUCGUUGAAUUCUUUUGGAGCCGUCACUUGAUUGCCCCGUUGUCACCAGUGAGAUUUGCCGGACCUUUUGGUUCUAAAUUCGUGUCUAAUUGGUCCAGAAGAAGGUUCUCGGGGAAUUUGAACAGUGUUGAUGAGUAUAUUUUGCUUCAUAAAUAUGUUUAUUAUUCAGUGGUUGGGUUGAAAAAAAGUGGUGAAAGUUGUAUCACCAGAUUGUUAGCUCCGGUCACCAUGGCAUAUUUCCCAAUGUUUGAUAGAAUUCCUGAUUCAGUUGACGAUAUCACCACCAAUAAGUUUCACGAAUAUCAUUAUAAUGAUUCCAGACCAACAACCAUUUUAAAGAACGUUCCUAGUCUUUGGAUGUACGGUGAUGUGGACUGGAUGAAUAAAUCUGCCGGAAAGGCCCUAAGUGCAAAAAUUAAUAAGCUUCAUAACGAUAUAUACAAUAAUGAUGAAAAGUAUUCUCAGUACGUGGUGGUUCCAAACGCAGGUCAUCAUGUUUAUUUGGAUAACCCUGAGGGAUUUCAGGAUGAAAUUAUGAACUUCUUGGGUGAAUGGUUAGAUUGA